AAGGUUAGAUAUAGAGGAAGAAAUUAUUUAGGAACUGAAACAAACGCAGCACUGGGUCUUUAUGGGUUAAUCAUUAAUAGGACUUUCAUUAGAAUCUAAUAGUACUAAUAAAAUAGGUAAAGUAAAUAUGCAGCCUGCAGUGCCUGAAAUAAGGAACUUAGAAGAGAGUCAAAGUAUGAUCUAAUAAAAGAGGAAACUGUUUCGUAGCAGAAAAUAUGUGUUGAAACUCUUGUCAUUUCUUAGAUCAUUAUCAGAAAAGCUAUACUUUUCUGUGGUCAAGUUGUUGUUCAAGCCUUCAGAAUAACCAGCGCCCAGACACAAAAUUUACUGCACAAGGGGACCACUUUGACCACAAAGUUUAGAUAUUUCCCUUAUUAUUAUUAUUUUUUUUUUUUAGGAAGAAGCUAUUUUCUCCUGAGCAGUGUACAGAUAGUGGCUGCACCUGCUCACAGCUGCACUUUCUAUGCGUGUUGCCAUCAACCACUUCACGAUGUUCAACUGCACACAGAUUGAUGACGUGCUAGAGAUGUACUACCUGUGCCCUUUUUAUGCCAUCGAGUUCUGCGUCGGUCUCACUGGAAACCUGUUGGUUAUACUUGGGUACAUCUUUUGUUUGCCUAAUUGGCAGAGCUACAACAUUUACCUUUUCAGCAUGGCUAUAUCUGACCUCAUUUUCCUCUGCACGCUCCCACGCCUCUCCUACCUCUAUGCAAACCACCAAUCAGAAACCAGCCCCCAAGCUUGCGUCAUCAACCGCUACAUCUUGCAUGUCAAUCUCUACUCUUCCAUUCUCUUCAUGGUCUGGAUAAGUAUGGACCGGUUCCUGCUCAUAAAACACCCGACACGGAACCACUUCCUGUUGAAGAAGCAAACAGCACUGAUCAUUACGGUGCUGAGCUGGAUAGUUGUGAGCGUGGAGGUUACCCCAAUGAUAGUAGUGAUGAUCCAGGACCUGCAGAGCAGAAACUGGGCCCUUUGCAAGGACUUUGCCAGUCUACAGAGUCACCAAGGCGUCGAUAACUUAGGCUACAGCCUGGGGUUAACAUUGACUGGGUACAUUUUACCUCUGCUUGGACUGUGCAUUUUCUCCCACAAGAUUUCACAUCUGCUCCAGGUCCAGGAAAGGGCUGUACAGCGCAGUACCACCUCCUUCAAACGGCCUCUCAAGGUCGUCACAACAGUAGCAGUCAUGUUUCUGGUUCUUUACACUCCCUACCACGUGAUGAGGAAUGUCAGAAUCGGGGCGCAACAGCCCUGGUCUGGGAUGGACCUUUGCACAAACAUGUACAUAGAAGGUGUAUACAUCUUGACUCGACCAUUGGCCUUUUCACACAGCGUCAUAAACCCCAUCUUCUACUUCUUCAUGGGUGACAAGUUCAGAGAGCUUCUACUUGCUAAAGUCAGGAAGCUGCUGAGAAAGACAGAACAGCAAAGAGAGUCUGUGUGAUGAAAUCCAAGCUUAUGUGCCAAAAGAAAUGCAAGAAGUGCAGCUACAUAGCCUUUCUUACAUCUGCAUUUAUGAGUGUAUUUUAUUAAAAGUUUGACGAUUAGAUUUAUUUUUGUUAUUUGGGUUAAAAUGCAAAUCACUGAGAAACAACAAUUCACUUGUACAGUUUCAAAUACUAAUUAUUAAUUAUUAUUAUUAUACCUGGCCUUAAAAUAAGUAUUUGUUACAAGCUUUUUUUUUUUUUUUUUUUUUUUUAAAUCAAAUGCAUUAUUACACAGUUGUGUUUUAUGUAGACAAAGAUACUAAAUGCUAUUUUGGAAGGUCUGAAGAUGUUGGUUUCAAUAUCUGGUAAAUCAUGUGAAUGCAUUUGAUGUUUUUGGAUGUUUUUACAUAUAAUGCAUUAAUAUUUCUUUUGUUGGUUGAGUCUUGUUAUCAUUAUUAUUAUUAUUAUUAUUAUUAUUAUUAUUAUUAUUAUUAUUAUUAUUAUUAUUAUUAUUAUUAUUGCCUCUCUCUGACUGACUUAUUUCUUUAUCUGCCUUUUCCAGUACUUUAACCCGUAAAGACCCAGUGCUAUUUUUGUGGCCUCUAUAUUUAACAUUUUCUUAAGUGAUUUGUCACCAUUUAUUAUAAAAUAAUCCUCCAAAUUUUACAUUU